AACUUGGGUUUCUCGAUAUCGGCUUGGAUGUCCGAUGUGAAUGUGGAGGUUUCCAUGUCGGAUUUUUGGGUGGUAUUCGCGGCUGGACUCGUGAAUAUUAUUGGCGCGUGUGUUUAUCGCGAGCUAGUCGCCGAGAUCGUUCUUGGAGUGGCUGGUGCGCUCAACUUGGCGACUGCGUGGGGGAUUCGUCGGGCCUGGACGGGGAGGGGUGAGAGGGAUGGGCUGUUACCGAGCCAUCUCGAUGGGAAGCAAUGAGGCUAGGCUAGGGCGCGUAGCUAGAUAAUGACUCAUCAUGGCUAUCACUACCCACCGCACAAAUCCGUCCUUGCUAUGUCGUGAUUCGAGGCAAGGAACUGAAUUGGGAACCGCGUUAAGGCUGUGCACUGCUCAAGGAACGUGCACCGUCAGGGUCUGGAUGCACCAUGACCGUUCGCGUCUCCAAGUUGGAAGUUGGAAGUGUCUUAUGUAUGCUGGGCAAGAAUGUUAUCGUCCGACUCUGUCCGGGCGGACGACCGUUCUGACGACAGGGACUCCUGAAAAUCGGAGAAAGGCGUGGGUUGGACGGAAUAAGUCUAAAGUCUGCGGAUUUGUGCCGGGUGAAUGGAUACAGGUAGAAUUACUAGAAUUCUUACUAUUUUACGGUCCUAUCAUGUUCAUGCCGACUACUAAGGAAUGGAAUGGAAUGACGACGGCGAGACCCCAAAGAGGCCAGAGCCUGCGAGACCCCAGAUUUGAUCAGAUUACGCGAUUGCAUAAAAGGCGCCCGGUGCCCUGCUCUCCUCUUCGUUCACUACCACCACCUUCAAUUCUAUUCAUCGUCUGACACAUCUGUAUUCAUCAUGGUAUCGUCCUCGUCCUUGUUUCCAUGUCGCCCGUACUCAUUCGUCGUGAUUUCAUAGGUCAAAGUUGGCAUUAACGGAUUCGGUGAGCAUUCAGUUGUUGAAAUGUCUGGUACUGCUGUCUCA